AAACACGCAUGUCACUUCCGCCCGUUUUCACACGCCAUUUUGGAUCGUGUAGGUACUGGACCGGGUCGUAUUGUUAUAAGUGGAUGGCGGAUUACGUUAAUUGUUGUCAAUUAUAUCGUCAUUGCGCGUCCGUGCAUCCAUCGUGAACCCAGCGGGCGCUCGGUGUCUCGCUCCCUUUCUCUAUGUUAAUGCCCGCUCUCAACCAAAACCACUACAGGAGCCGCUAGAUGCAGCAGCUCAUCCCCGCCAGACAGACAGCUCUGGGUCGGCCCGUGACAGGAGUCGAGCUCCCUCUUUCGGCGUGGUGUGUCCGCCCGUAGAGCGGACGACGAGACGCUUGGAGCGCGAAGAAGGGAAGUGAGAUCGCGCUAGCACAAAGCGGGAGCCCGGGUCAGGUGGGCAGAAUGUUUCAACUCCCAGCCAACAACCUCACCAGUCUAAGGAAAGCUAGAAAAAAUGUGAAAAAAGUGCUGGGCGACAUUGGCUUUGAGUUUUGCAAGGAGCAUAUUGAUGACUAUAAAGACUUUGUUCCCAAUGAGUUCUACAUUAAGAACACCACAUGGGAGGAUGUGUGCAUGUGGGAUCCCUCUAUGACCAAAUCACAAGAGUACCGCUCGAAGCCAUUCUGUUGUUCAGGAUGUACAUUCUCCUCGAAAUUUUUUUCCGCCUACAAGAGUCACUUUCGUAAUGUGCACAGCGAGGACUUUGAAAAUCGCAUUCUCCUGAACUGCCCGUAUUGCACUUACAAUGGAAACAAAAAGACUUUGGAGACGCAUAUUAGACUGUUUCAUAUGCCUAAUGUGGUUCGGCAGAAUGCAGGAGGACUUGUGGGGGUCGGCUUGAAGGACGGUGCACGCCUGGAUAAAAAGCGUGAUAAUGUAGAACAGGCGGUGUACUAUUGUAAGAAAUGCACUUACAGGGACCCACUAUAUAAUGUCGUCCGGAAACAUAUCUACCGGGAACAUUUCCAACACGUAGCGGCACCAUACCUGUUUAGGCCAGGUGAGAAGGCGACACCACCCAAUGGGAAAACAGCAGGUUCUGGUACGGGGACAGGGAGCAAUGCCAGUUCCAACAGCUCUACUGGUGGUGCCAACAGCACAAGCAACGCCAUCCACUGCAAACGAUGCCUUUUUGUACCACGCACUUAUGAAGCACUUGUGCAGCACGUCAUUGAAGACCACGAACGCAUUGGCUAUCAGGUGACUGCCAUGAUUGGACAUACCAAUGUAGUGGUACCUCGGGCAAAGCCUGUAAUUAUGGUGUCUCCUAAGGUUCAGGGGGAGAAGGGCGUCAUUGGUUUAAUGGCAAAGGGUGCAGUAGUGACACCCGGAGUGAGACCUUUAUCCGCUCAGCAACUGAGUCGGAUUAUCAUUCCAAAAGGAAGUUUGAACUCAACUGGGCUCCUGUCAGGUGUUCACAUGAAACAGGGUGCGUUUGGUCUUAAGCCAGGCCAGAACAUCGUAGGACAAAAGGUGCCAAUGCCUCAGCAGUCUCAAACACACAAACCUCAAAUUACUGCCAGCAGUCUGCGCAGCGCCGUCUCCGCAUCACCCUCCACCGCUAUACUGAAGAUUCCUCAGCUGAACUCGCGCGUUCAGGCAGCGGCUACAACCGUAUCAUCAUCUGUUACCUCUAAGAAAGGCAACUCCGUCAUUGGCACAUCUUAUACUCAAAAAUGGAAGAUCUGCACCAUCUGCAAUGAGCUCUUUCCGGAAAACGUCUACAGCUCACAUUUCGAAAAGGAGCACAAAGCUGAAAAGGUGCCGGCGGUGGCCAACUACAUAAUGAAAAUACACAAUUUCACUAGCAAGUGCUUAUACUGCAACCGAUACUUAACCAGCGACACACUUCUUAACCACAUGCUGAUUCAUGGCCUAUCCUGCCCACACUGCAGAGCCACGUUCAAUGAUGUUGAAAAAUUGGUGACGCACAUGCGAGCGGCGCAUCCCAACGAAUCCGUGGGGCCACGUACGGACUCUCCCCUUACUUUCGACCUCACACUUCAGCAGGGUAAUCCGAAAAACGUCCAGCUGAUCGUCACCACUUAUAACAUGCGAGAUGCUCCCGAAGAAUCCGUGGCAUUUCACGCCCAAAACAACGCGUCGCCAACUUCUGAAGUAAAUAACGUCCCAAAGAUGCCUCAAGAUGCCUCAAUAGACGUCAUACCAACACGGACUAUGACCCAAACUGCUGUACCUUACAAGAAAGAUGUCGGAAAAACGCUUUGUCCUCUGUGUUUUUCUAUUCUUAAAGGACCUAUCUCCGAUUCUCUAGCUCACCAUUUACGUGAACGGCAUCAAGUUAUACAGACGGUUCAUCCCGUGGAAAAGAAAUUGACCUACAAGUGCAUCCAUUGCCUCGGUGUCUACACUAGUAACAUGACCGCUUCCACGAUCACCUUGCAUCUAGUGCAUUGCCGCGGGGUAAGCAAAAGUCAAAACGGCCGACCCUCUCCGUCCCCCAGAGUUAUGCAGGCCCAAGGCGCUGGACUCAAAAGGGCGGGUUUAGCAAACUAUGACCAAACUGAGCCAAAGAAAAAAAGAGUGGAGACAGAUGACCAGCCUAAGCAGAGCCCGCCAACAUCAGCUGACAAACAAGAAGACACCGUAGUCUUCGCCUUGGACCCAAAGGGUCAUGAGAAUGAAUCAUACGAAGCACGUAAAGCUUUCCUUACUCAGUACUUCAACAGGCAACCGUACCCGACUCGACAAGAGAUAGAGAAGCUUGCGUCCAGCCUCUGGCUUUGGAAAUCUGACAUCGCAAGCCACUUCUCGAAUCGUCGGAGAAGAUGCACGUUUAACUGCGAGACACUAAACGUUCGCGUCUUACUUGGAUUUAAAAUGGAAGAGGUUAUACGUUCGCAACAUCCCAUGAACUUUGACUCAAAGUGGUAUUUUAAGGGCCACGAACAUGAACGGAGUAGUCGAACUUCUAGAACUCGCAUAGGGCGAUCUGCGAAUGCCAUUCGCUUGAAACAAAGAGCUACAGCCAAUGGUGACCCGCAACAAAAGCAGACGUUAACAAGGAUGGCUGCCAAAGCCUCGCUUUACGCAAACGGAAAUGAUUUAACAAAGAGCACCUUAAAACCAGGAGCACUUGUCGAUUCAGAAGCAAUCGCUGUGGACUCGGACAGUGAUAAUGAAAAUGCUGUUAAACAGUCAGGUAGUAGUAAAGAAACACAGAUCGAUAAUACAGUGGAUGAGAGUGACUCUGACAUCAAAGACAAAACCCACGCCGAAAACGGUUAUGGGGCGAUAGACGUGUUAAGGGGGCAAAAAGGAGAACGCCAGUCAGGUAUCACAUACAAGCUUGAACAAUCGAAAUCAGAGAACCAAGCAACAGGUCUGAUCCCAGGACAGGGUUUUUAAAAUGCACAUCUACGUAUACUUUUGCAUAAUUUUUAACUUACACCAACGACGCUGCCUCAUUGAACUUUUGGACCUUGGUUACAGAUGGUAGCUGUAAGGAUAUACUCCUUCCUCAAAUCUUAAAGCCAUUUGAAAGGCAAAAAGUCAUAUUUUGCAGUUGUAAAGUAUGAACAUUUCGAUUCUGAAGCCAGGGGUGGGCGCUCCAUAGGGAAGGAAAAUACCGAACAUGCACCAAACAUGAUCUGCCUUUAGUUUCUUUAACGUAAGCAGAAACAUUUAUGUCACGAAUGUGUUUAUUAAUGCCACAGGUAUGUUAACAUAAAGAAAAGGUAGUGUAUAUUUGUACAGUGUUUUAAGGAGAUGUGUAGGUGUUCCCGCUUAUUAAAAAAAAUGGUUAUACUUUUUUGUGCUCACACUUAACAGUCUUAUGUUCUACAUUGGUUCACAUCGGAUGUGACAAUGGAUGUGGCUUUGGUGGCUGUUUACGUUUAUUUAAAAAAAUGUAUAGCAUUUUGCUAAAAAAUAUAUAUAUAUAAAAAUGCAAUUUGAAAAAGAGCAUAAUCUCUUGCUUUUCUUUUGCCUGUUUAUAAUUGAAGUAUCUUUUUUAUAAAUAUAUUUAUCAACCUGUGUUUUACGUUAAGUGCAGCUUUCAUCUACGCCUGGCCUAACCUCAGAGAGAGCGGCAAUUUGAUUGACCACUGUAGCAUUGUGUUAAAUAGACUAAACUGUGUUUGGUUCAGCUUCUGCUGAAUGCAAUUUUUUCCUCUUUCAACAGUUACACUUUCUUUAUCAAGAUGGACCCUUGGGUUUAGUCUAUAUUCACUUUAAUUUUGUGUAUGUUUAAAUAUGUGACCUCCAGUUUAUGUUUCGUUUUUCCCAUUUAUUCUGUUUUUGUCACUGUAAGCAUUUCUGAAUAAACUCUAUUGUGUUGUCCUUUUCACAAUGCUUCUAA